CUGGUGGUAGCGGUGGGAUAGCGUCAACCCAGGUCGCAACCACUGGAUUCAGCGGAGAGAUGGUGUCAACCCAGGUAGCAACGACUCGACGACAGCAGUCAGAUGCUACGACCCCAUCGACUUCGAGAGGCGACACGACGACAACGGUCGGAUGCUCCGAGCUCAUCGACUUGAGAGGCAGCCGAACGGCACUUCAGGGAUGACACGAGGUCAUCGACUGCGAGAGGCAACCGGAAGGCACUGUUAAGAUGCACGACGCUGGAGGCAUGACUGCGAGCCGGGUUUUCUUCGUCUGCGGAUCACUACAAGCUGGGGCAUACAGCGCAUGCGUGGCCGUACCAGCUGCUGACACCACUGUUAUCGACCACGAGCACAUCGUCGACGCUACCCUCGAGCGCAGGCACCCUGGAACGCGCAUAGAGCGGUUCUUCGCGGGACCUCUAAAGUUGGACCCCCUGCCAGCAGCGUUCAGUGGGCACGGCAGCACUGCGAAAGCAAUGUCGCCUAAUCUGCGGCUUCUGUUGCUCGAACAGGUCAGUUUCUACUCAGAAUACUGUUACAAAACUGACAACAGAUUUGUUGUUGUGCUGCCGUGCCCAAGUGUACUGUUCUCUGGAUUUUCCUCUUUGUGCCUGCUAUUGUCUGACGAUGUUGAACUCAACCCAGGUCCAGAUGUGAAAGUCCUCCUAAAGGAACUGUCUGAAGGCCAGAAGUCAAUUAAGGCAGAUCUGAGCGCUCUAAGAGAAAGAAUGACUAAAAUGGAAGACGCCAUUCAAAAAAUCAAAGAUCAGGGUAAAAAAAUAGGCCAGCUAACGAAAACCGUCACCAACCUUAACGUGACACUAUCAAGACAAGAAGAAAGGCUAAUAAGCUUAAAGGAUAGGAGUAGACGGAAUAAUCUUUUGGUCUUUCGGGUUGAAGAGGGCGAGGCAGAAACCACAGAAGACCUGGAACAAGCGGUACUGCAGGACAUUUUUGUUCGGAGGCUUGGCGUCGAACUAAAAACAGUUGAACGGAUCCACAGAAUAGGCCGAAAAGGGGGCCGUUCGCCGCGUCCGGUCAUUAUCAAGUUAUACGACUUCCGAGAGAAGUUAACAGUUUGCAAAAAUUGCAAAAAAGCUAAAAGGCAGCAGUAUAUCAGUUGGGGACGACUUUUGCAAGGAAACCCUAGCCAAGCGUAAGCUAUUAUGGGA